AUGGACGCCGCAAGCGUGUACGCUUUAAGGGGCGCAAUGCCAAUGCUUAUUCGCGUCCGUGGCGGCGUGGAUGCGGGGCUUCCUCGCGAUCGGUGCUCGUGUCUGUUGCAAAUGUUUCGGAUGACCGUGGGUUUUGGUUUUGGGUACCUGCGAUUGGAGGAGCGGGGUGUGGGGCUGUGGACGCCUCGACUGCGGCUUGCUGGUUUCUCUAGCGGAUCACCUGCAAUGCUCGUGCUCUGUUUGAACGACGCUGUCCACUAUAAUCUUUUUAUGACCUUGUCUGGGAUGGCUGUUGCUUUCAAAGCAAGUACAAGUUCUACCACACAGCAGCAUUGGCUGAGUCCAGCAAAGGACCGGUGUCAAUAUGGUUUCACUCAGUUAAGCAGGCAAAAGUGCAGAAAAGAAUUUGCAGCAUUGCGUGUGACAGCUAUAUCAGGAAAACUAGACUUAGAUUUCACUGACCCUUCUUGGAAUCAAAAGUACCAGGAAGACUGGAACAGGCAUUUUAGUUUGCCACACAUCACUGAUAUAUAUGAUUUGGAGCCAAGAAGAACUACAUUCUCUUUGAAGAAAAACAGAAUUGCCCUGGGUGAUGAUGAUGGAGAUGGCUCAUCAGCUGAUAUGUGGAACGGUUAUGUAAAUAAGAGUGAUAGAGCCCUUCUGAAGGUGAUCAAGUAUGCCUCUCCUACUUCUGCUGGAGCUGAGUGCAUUGAUCCUGAUUGUAGCUGGGUGGAACACUGGGUUCAUCGUGCAGGUCCUCGUAAGGAGAUAUAUUAUGAACCUGAAGAAGUAAAGGCUGCCAUUGUUACCUGUGGAGGGCUCUGCCCUGGUUUAAAUGAUGUCAUUAGACAGAUAGUAUUUACCUUGGAGACUUAUGGGGUGAAGAAUAUUGUUGGAAUCCCAUUUGGUUAUCGUGGAUUUUUUGAGAAAGGCUUAAAAGAAAUGCCGCUUUCGCGUGACGUGGUGGAAAACAUAAAUCUUUCUGGAGGAAGUUUCCUAGGAGUCUCUCGUGGAGGAGCUAAAACUAGUGAGAUUGUAGAUAGUAUACAGGCCAGAAGAAUUGACAUGCUGUUUGUAAUUGGUGGAAAUGGUAGCCAUGCAGGAGCUAAUGCUAUUCAUGAGGAGUGUCGAAAGAGAAAACUGAAAGUUUCAGUUGUAGCAGUUCCAAAGACAAUUGAUAAUGAUAUACUUUUUAUGGAUAAGACAUUUGGUUUUGAUACAGCUGUGGAAGAAGCUCAGCGUGCUAUCAAUUCUGCCUAUAUAGAGGCGCGUAGUGCAUACCAUGGAAUUGGGUUGGUAAAGUUAAUGGGAAGAAGUAGUGGAUUCAUAGCCAUGCAUGCUUCUCUUUCCAGUGGACAGAUUGAUGUCUGCCUAAUACCUGAGGUAUCCUUCACACUUGAUGGAGAACAUGGUGUCUUGCGACACCUUGAGCAUUUACUUAAUACAAAGGGAUUUUGUGUGGUUUGCGUUGCUGAAGGUGCAGGGCAGGAUUUACUGCAAAAAUCAAAUGGAACUGAUGCUUCAGGAAAUGCGAUACUUAGUGACUUCGGUGUCCACAUGCAGCAGAAGAUCAAGAAGCAUUUCAAGGACAUCGGUGUUCCUGCUGAUCUAAAAUACAUUGAUCCAACAUAUAUGGUUCGGGCCUGUCGGGCAAAUGCAUCUGAUGCUAUUCUCUGCACCGUGCUUGGGCAAAAUGCUGUCCAUGGAGCAUUUGCUGGGUUCAGUGGCAUCACGUCAGGUGUUUGCAACACACAUUAUGUCUACCUUCCCAUCACAGAGGUCAUUACAACGCCAAAGCACGUGAACCCCAACAGCAGAAUGUGGCACCGCUGCCUCACAUCCACUGGGCAGCCAGACUUCCAUUGA